AUGGAUAUGAUUAUUAAUGGGAAAUAUAAAGUCUUGAAAAAGAUCGGUGCGGGCAGUUUUGGUAAAAUAUUCUCAGGAGAGGAGACCGAAACUCAUGAGCAAAUUGCCGUAAAGUUUGAGGCAGUAAAUACCGAAAAUCCACAACUAGAUAUGGAGUCCAAACUUUAUAUGUACCUUAGCGGUUGCGUAAAUAUGCCAAAAAUCAGGUAUUUUGGCGUUGAAGGCAAAGAGAAAGUUAUGGUUAUGGAUUUAAUGAACAAAUCACUUGAAGACCUCUUUGAGAAGUGCAAAAACAAAUUAUCACUCAAAACAGUUCUAAUGAUAAUAGAUCAGAUGAUAUCAUGCGUCGAAUACAUUCACAACAAAAACUUUAUUCAUCAAGACAUAAAACCAGAAAAUUUUGUGAUGGGAACAGGGAAAAUGGAAAAUCAAGUAUUUAUCAUUGAUUUUGGCCUUGCCAAACAAUACAGAGAUAUGAAUUCGCACGAACAUAUUCCAUAUACCCAAGGAAAGAGUUUAACCGGAACAGCGCGAUAUGCUUCGAUCAACCAGCUACGAGGUAUUGAAUCAUCUAGAAGAGAUGACAUGGAAUCGCUUGGUUAUGUCUGGAUUUACUUUCUUAAAGGAAGUCUUCCAUGGAUGGGCAUCCAAGCAAAAACAGAUAAAGAAAAAUACGAAAAAAUAGCAAAUAUGAAAGAAUCCGUCGAUUUAAACGAGUUAUGCAAAGGACUUCCAAUAGAAUUCAUGAAUUACAUUACAGAAGUUAGAGCAUUACGUUUUACAGAGACACCUAAUUACUUCGCAUAUAAGUACAUGUUCCGUGACCUUUUCAUGAGGUUGGGAUAUACUUAUGACUACAAAUUCGAUUGGAACAAACCAAAGCAAAAGAUAUCAACACCAAAGCUCUCCAGUGCCUACAAAACAACUCAGAAAGCACCACAUACACUUCCAGCCUCAGGACACGUUAAAAGAAAAUCUUCUAUGAUCGUUUCAAGUAAUAACCACCAAGGCACCAAGGAAACACCAAGAAGAGUGAAGAAGAAAGAAUAA